AUGUCAGGUCUGCAGAGAAAUAAUAGGAACAAUAUCGUGUCCACAGAUGAUUCGUCAUCAUCACACAAGUAUCUUUCUGCAUCUGAUAGCCAUCAUCGUAAUAACAUGGAUACAUGUAACCAGCAGUUUGAAUUGAAUGUUUCGGAUGGUACAUGUGCUUUACUUGGAUCAGAUACACUCGAUGGAAUCUCAACACAUAUCCUACAUUCGAAUAUUCAAAAUACUUCUGAUAUCCUUUCGUCAUUUAUUUCAAAUUUUGAUGUGACAUCUGGAAGUGCAUCUAACACAUGUAUGCAAACCACAUCUACAGCCUUCCAACCAACAUGUUAUGACCAACAACAUCCAUUCUUUAGUAUUGCUAAAGAUCUGCCUGCCAAUGGCAUGUUUGCUCUUUCCUCGGACAAGUUCAAGAUUAUUUAUCCUAGAUUGCCUUUAUUCAUAAUUACCAUUCAAAAUUGCAAUGUCCUUCUCAAACUCUUAGAGGAAAACAACCAAAUUUCUCUGAGUUGUCAUAUUGCUGCUUUUAAGGUGGAUGGUAAAUUUGAUGUCAUUACUUUCAAUGAGGGGCCACUCAACCAAGACAUGAGCUUUGAAGAGUUAUUACAGAAACAUGUAACAUCACCUGUUCGAGAAGGAGGUGUUAUCAACAUUGAAUUUCAUCCAAGAGGUUCCAUACUCCCCUCUGAUAUGGAGUUAUCUAUGUACUCACAUUUUACUAUUAACUUUCAACUGAUUUGCAAUUGCAAUUCACUAAUUGACCAAAUAUCACUUGCUCCCUUCAAGAUUCCCAAUGUUAGCAUUUCAAUGAAGGAAGAUUUCUCUUCCUCCUCCAAAUAUAUUAUAGGCUCACUUGCUGGCCGUUCAGAUUCCCUAAUUAAAAAAGGCACUAAGAAACUACCCUCUCCAAUUUCAGUCAAACUCUCUAAAAAAUUGAUGGACCAAUGUUUCAAUUCAGGCAUGAAGGAAUUGUAUUUGAAUGUGUAUGUUAGAGGAGAAGAUGGAAUCUCAUGUGAUUCUUUCAUGGAACAUAACCAUUCUGAUCAGUACUGUUUGUUAAAACAUAGUAUUUUCAAACUCAGACCAGAUAUUUACACAUACUCCAUUGAUGAAGAACUGGGAAAGUUGGAGAAGGGAGAGAAGAAACCUCAAAAAUCAAAAUUCAGAUUGGGUAUAGCAUUGACAACCAAAUUUAUGGUGAAGAAUAAGGACUUUUCUAAAAAGAUUAUCAAAUUCAAAACAUCAAACAAUGGUAAAUCUAUUGUGGCAUGGUCAGAAACUACACAAUUCUCCUGUGCAACGAGACAAGAGAUUUGCCUUAAAGGUUCAAAGAGAGGAAGAAACGAACUGGAAGGUUCUGAUUGUGCGAGUGUUGUAACAAGCUCUAUCGUGGAUGAAUCUCCACCUCCCACUCCUCAAUCAAAAAUAGGGUGGACUUGUUUCAAUACUACAAUUACACCAACUUCGACAACAUACUCUUCAUUUAUUCAUCCAACAGAGGCAAAGAAGACCAACAAUGAAAAGAGUAAUUUGAUUCAAUCUUUGGUGGAAAUGAGAAAUGAAUUUUCCAAAUAUAUGGAACAGCAAAUAUACCUUCAGAAGGAAUUCGAAAUCAAAUCUCAAACAUUGAUCGACUUGUUGGAGAGAAGUGGAGCUGAAUCCCCGUCUCAAUCUAUUCCUGUUCAUUUCAGUGGUCUAGUUCCAAACCAAGGAGUUGAAGGAACAUUUGUUUCUCAAUGUCAUUCAGUGUUUUGUUUAAUGGAAUUGAGCUUGCUUCAAGUGGAGGAGUAA